GCCAACAAUGUUAGUUUUAGAACGAUAGUGAAGAUGUGGAGUUGUCCUUGCGUUGCAGUCGGAUUGCUGCUCAUAUUCAGUCUGAAUCUGGUCUUUCUGCUGCCGGAAACGAACUAUUGCCAUUUAAAAAACUGCCCAGUGGAUAAAAAACUGCCACAUAUUGGCUGCAAUAACAGUGGGAACUGGUCGCCAAAGUGCGGAAAAGAGCCAACAAUUGUUUCAAUACCCCAGCAUAUAAGAAAUUUCAUUCUGAACUAUCAUAACACAUUUCGCGAUAUGGUGGCCGGUGGCCAAUUGCACAAGCUGCCCAUUGCAGCCCGCAUGCUUAAGUUGAAUUGGGACCACGACUUGGCUUUUUUGGCUACACUCUUGGUAAAACGCUGCGAUAUCCAACCCACAGACCACUGCAUAUCCACAGAAGAGUUCUCGUCUCCAGGCUACCACACGGUAUAUAACAAGUUCAAGGGGACCCAGGAUACAUCCAGGAUAGUUCGAUCGCAACUGAAUGCGUGGUACGAUCAGUACAAGCACGUUUCUGCAUAUAGUCUAAUUAAUGGAUUGUCCCCGGAUAAAAAGGAGGUUGGGCACUUCCUAAGAAUGAUGGUGGGACCCAGUAACCGAUUAGGCUGUGCCAUAGCUAGAAUCGAAAAAGACGGAUGGACUCACCAAUGGCUCACCUGCCUGUAUAGCUGUUCAUCCAAGAAGAACACGCUUCUAUACGAGUAUUCCGGAAAACCUGGCAUAUAUUGCACCAAUGGAAUUAAUGGCAAGUUUCAACAUCUAUGUAAUGACACGGAACCUGUCACAGAUUGCAUGCACUCUGAUCUAUUCAAGACAACAAUCAGCAACGACACUGCAUCAUUCAUCAGAGACAUGAUGAAUAGAAAAAUUAAACCCAGAUUUUUUUUUCUGGCUUUUUUGCCGGCAUUGUUUGCUGUUGCGAAGACCGUUGUUACGAAGGCUGUCGUUGCUGUGGCGGCGAAGGCACUGAUUGUUGCGAAAUCAGCUGCAACCGCGGUGGUGAAGGCAUCGGUUACUGUUGCGAAAGCAGCUGCAACCGUGGCGAAGAAGGUAUCGUAUACUGCUUUAAGGGUGGCGAGACCAAUUUUAAAGGUGGCGAAGAAGGUUCCGAGAAAAGUUGUAAAGGUGGCGAAGGAGGUUGCGAGACCAGUUGUAAAGGGGGCGAAGAAGGUUGCGAAAGGAGUUAAAAAGUUUGUUGUGAUACCAGUUGUAAAGGGGGCGAAGAAGGUUGUGAGAGAAGUUAAAAAGUUGGCGAAGGAAGUCUCGGGGCUGGUUAAGGAUGUUAAACAAUUUCCAGAUUUUGAAAAUUAUGGUGAUUUGCCGCAAAUUGGAAAUGAGGAAAAUCGUGAAGAAAAUGAGGGAAAUGAUGGAACUAAUAAUGAAGAUGAGGCAACUGAAGCAGAUGAAUUAUCAACUGAAAAUAAUGUGCAAAAUACAACAAUAAAUCCCAAUUAACAGAUAA